CCGACGACGUCUCGUUGGAUGCGUGCCGCCCCGGGCCAAAGCGGAGCUGGUGGCGCAGGCUUCGCCAUGUAAGCGUGCAUCAACAUUUCAACGGCGGGUACCAUCGACCUUGACCCACCCACUCCGGAGUUCUUGAUGAUUCCUCUGACCCCUGACAAGAACCUCGCUCAUUCGUCCCCACCCGCAAUCUUUCUCCACCUCAAUAAAUCUAUUUUUAUCCCAAUCUGUUUCUUGAUUUCUUUUUAUUCUGUGAUCCUUUCAUUAUAAACCAAAGCCAUCGAGAUCGAAAUUUCUGGGCCUCACGAACGCCUGAAGACCGGUGUGGUAGAACGCGAGAAGCCAAAAAAAAAGAUCGGACUUUUCUGAGAGAGGCGGCGGAGGAAAGAAGAAACGAAGUAAGUUCGGCCGUCGAGAGAAGGAUGGCCCAGGUGCUCGCGCCGGUGCGCACGGGCUUGCUCUUCGAGUUCCCCAAGAUGUCGUCGACGGCUCAUGGAAUCCGGCGGCAGGGCGUAGCGGCCGCCGACCGUUCGAGUACCGACCGCUAUCGUCGGCGGGGGAGGAGGAACUUCAGGAUCGCUGCGGCGGUGGCGGAGAAGGGUUUCUCCUCGCAGGACGAUGUCGCCGAGGAUUUCUACGCUGUUCUUGGGCUGCUUCCAGAUGCCACUCCUCAGCAGAUAAAGAAAGCUUACUAUAAUUGCAUGAAAGCAUGCCAUCCAGACUUGAGUGGGAAUGAUCCAGACAUCAAUAACUUUUGUAUGUUCAUCAAUGAAGUCUAUGCGGUACUCAGUGAUCCUAUUCAGCGUAUGAUAUAUGAUGAGAUUCAUGGAUAUGCAGCAACUGCUAUCAAUCCUUUCUUUGAUGAUAGUGCUUCAAAAGAUCAUGCUUUUGUUGAUGAGUUUAGUUGCAUAGGGUGCAAAAAUUGCGCUAAUGUGGCCCCAGAUGUGUUUCGGAUCGAGGAAGAGUAUGGGCGAGCAAGGGUUUUCAGCCAAUCAGGGAAUCCUGACUUAGUUCAACAAGCAAUUGAAAGUUGCCCAGUUGAUUGCAUUCACCGGACAUCUGCUGCACAGCUAUCGCUCCUUGAAGAUGAAAUGCGAAGGGUGGAGAGAGUGAAUGUUGGGCUAAUGCUUUCUGGAAUGGGGAGCUCAUCCCUUGACGUGUUCAGAAUGGCAUGUUCAAGAUGGGAAAAGCGCCAAGCAAAAGUCUUGGAAAGGGCUAAGAUACGAAUGAUGAAGCAGAAGGAUUCUGAUAAGAGUGGGUCCUGGAGCAACAUUUGGGGGGCACCCAAGAAUUAUGAAACUACAGAGGAAGAAGUGAAGGAGAGGGCUAAGAGAGCUGCUGCUGCGGCUAGAAGGUGGAGAGAGUACUCAAGAAGGGGAGCUGAUAGACCUCCCACAAACAAACUUCCUGAGGCAAUCUCUUCCAAAGAACAGUAGAAGCAUGUGGUUCCUUCUGCUGCUGCGUGAUCUAUAGGCAUGUGGUGAGAGACCCUCCAUCGAAUCAUUGCCUCUCCCUUGUUAUUCAAAUAUGUAAAUCCUUUUACCUAUUCUACAUGCCAUUUCUUGAAUGCCACCAGUGGAUGGAUCAUUAUUCCACCUCUAACUUGUGUCAUAUGUACUUUACAGAUUUUAUACAAGGAAAUAUUAUAGGUCAAAUACAUAUUUACUGAUCUCAA